AUGACAAUACCAAAACACUGGUUCCGGUUUGUGACAAAAUCGCAUCUCAUGGAACUUGGAGAAAAACCACCUUACUAUCCAGACUGCAGAAGACAAAAUGAUGAGCCAUAUGUUUUCCUCCUCCUAACAGACAGCAUUUGCAAUGAACUUCCAAUAGACCUAUGGAAUGAAUGCAUCACAGUCCCAACAAAAUUCAACCGCGAUCUACUCAUGCCGCUGCCUGCGAUUACAGUUGUUGCUGUUACAAACCUAAAAGCUUCCACUUCUGCAGGAACAUUGCGCCAUGGAUCAUCCCCUGCCACCCACGUAUACAUAAAUCCAGAAAUACCAGAAACAACAUCAAUACUUGAUAUGUACGACGCAUUUCUCAUCUGUAACCAUCAGAUUUCUUGA